UUUUUCUUGUUUUGUUUUCCAUGGAGAAAUCUUCUGGUUUUUCUGAUAACAUUGCUCCUGAAAAUUCAGACGCAAUGUCUUCUUCUGCUGCGGCAAGUUGUCCUGUUGAAAACCUGUUGUUUUCUGUUGAGAAUCUUUCGUUGAAAGAAGGGAGCGCUGAUACAAAUAACCAUCACGGUUUGUCUACAAGAAACUAUCUUUUGCAUGAUAACGGUGGUCCUUUACCAAGAAUUCGAGAAACCAGGAUUAAUGGGUUCUCACAGUAUCAGACCGGGUUUGAGAAUUCAAUGCUGUUCCCACCACCGCUGUUUUCAGAAUCUGUUUGGGGACCUAACAGUUUGAGCAAUGGAGGGAGUUUUCAGGGUUCAAGAUUGCAACCUCGGGCAAGAAGUCUUGUUCCGAAUUACAAUUUUCUGAGUGGUUCUGCCCUUGACGUGGGGACAGGCAGGGCUGGUCCGGGCCUGGGAGGCGUUGAUAAUAGUAUGGUGCAGAAUCAAGAAGAGCUCAAGAAAGUAAGGAUUUUUCUUGGUUUGCUUCAAGGAGAUAGUAUUGUCAACUAUUGUUCAGACCAACAUGGUUCAAGAACAAUUCAAGGUCUAUUGAGGUUGAGGAACCCGGAGAUUACACGUGAGAUAUAUAAUAAAGUUUUGGCCUUGUCAUCAAGAGGAAUCGCUGUUGUUUUGGAGCUGAUGCUUGAUCAACAUGGAUGGCAUGUCUUUGGUGAACUUAUUGAUGCAUUGAACUAUCAACAGUUGAAAUUGAUUACAUAUGAGAUAACCAAGAACUUGGACGACUUUGUUUCAUUAACUCUCGACACACAUGGUUCGAACUCGAUAAGGAAGGUCAUUAGACUACUCCGGAGAUCGCCUUUGGUUACCUUAGUGAUGAACAAUCUGCGUGCUGCGUUUUUUACAAUCAUGACCGAUCGGAUAGGUUCAUAUGCUGUAUCAGAGUGCUUUAACCAACUGAGUGCUGAAGAUAAUAGGUUAUUAUAUGAAGCAGCCAUUGAAUGUUGUCUUGAUUUAGCAAUAGACCAUGAAGGAUCCCUAGCCUUAAUCAGGGUCAUCAACACCAUCCAAGGUCUGCAAAGAUAUCGGCUCCUAGACAUCUUGUCCACAUAUGCAGCCUUCCUCUCGCAGGACCCGAAAGGGAACUAUGUGGUUCAGAAGGUCAUAUCACUCAAUAACCCUUUAUUCACCCAUAAAAUAUGCCAUCAUCUCAGAGGGUAUUAUGGAACCAUCUCACUUCAGAAAGGAGGCAGUCAUAUCGCCGAGAAAUGCUUGGAUACAGAAUGGAAGAGUUGGGUGAUUGAGGAUUUUUUGAGCAACACCAACACACUAUUGCAAGUUGCUAAAGACGAAUUUGGUAACUAUGUGAUCCAAAAAGCAUUGAACGUCACCAAGAAAUCAGGCAGUCCACUCUACCAGAAACUUUUGUUGCGCCUGCAACCACAUCUUAGCAUUCUGCAGUCAGGAUACGGAAGGAAUGUCUUCAAUUUGAUCACUGGAGGAAGGUCAGUUAAGAAAGUGUAGGUUGGUGUUGAUUCUGUCUUGUUCUCAUUGUGUCUUAACUAUGCUACUUCGUAUGUAAGAGUUAGUGUCUUUUAGUGUUUGACGAAGUAAUUUUGUCUUUAGAGAAUUUAGGCU